CGUCUGCCACUUUUCAUUUGUCUGUCACUUCACUGCUAACUCUUGCGAAGUUUACUUUCCUUCCGCUUUGGCAAGCUUUCUAUACUGAUAAAACAAAAAACAACAACUAAAAAAAAAUGUCGUGUUGUGGUUCUAAAAAAGCCGCUAAGGGGGUAUUCGAACCGGGACAAGAUGUUAUGCAACGAGGAAUCACUUAUGAAACAAUUAAGGAAGAAUGUCUAGCAAAAGAAAAAUUAUUUGUGGACAGCUCGUUCCCACCUUGCUUAACAUCUUUGUAUUUAAAGGGAUCUGUUCCCAAUAAAAGCAAGAUUAAAUUUUUGCGUCCAAAGGACAUUGUAAAAAAAGGACAACGACCUGUAUUUGUUGAAAAAGGAAUUAAUUACAAGGAUUUGGACCAAGGUGAUAUCGGCAACUGUUGGUUUGUUGUUUCUGUGUCUUCUGUUGUUGCACAUCAGAAAAAGCUUGUGCAAAAGAUCAUCCCAAGUGGCCAGAGUUUUGAUGAGGAUUACAUAGGUGCCUUCCAUUUCAACUUUUGGCACUAUGGAAAAUGGACAGAAGUUAUAGUUGAUGAUUACUUGCCAACAGUAAAUGGCCAUUUGAUUUAUGGAAAGAACAGAGAACAGCCAAGUGAAUUCUGGAGUCCAUUAUUAGAGAAAGCUUAUGCUAAGCUUCAAGGUUGCUACCAAGCACUGAAUGGAGGAAAAAUCCAAAGUGCCCUAACUGAUCUAACUGGAGGCAUCUCAGAAUAUUAUGAUUUAGGAGAGAAGAUGAAGAUUGCACCAAAUUUGUAUGACUUGCUCCUAAACGUCAGGAAGAUGAAUACUUUGAUUGGUGCUGCAAUUCAUAGGAAGAAUGAAAUGCUGCCACUCAAAGAAACAAAAAGGGAGAAUGGCUUAUAUGAGGGUCAUGCAUAUACAAUUACUAAAGUAGCCCAGGUGGAAUUAAAUAAGAAAGUGCAUAAUUUGCUGCGUCUCAGAAACCCAUGGGGAAAGGGUGAAUGGAAUGGUCCUUGGUCUGAUACAUCAUUUGAAAUGAGAAAUCUUCCAGCUGACAAGAAACUGGAACUUGAAGUUGUUAAUGCAGAAGAUGGAGAGUUCUGGAUACCUUUUGAUGAAUUUGUCAGUAAUUUUGAUGAAAUUGCUUUCUGUCAUAUUCAACCUGAUGCAGUCGUAGGGGAAAUCGAGGACAAUAAAGACAGAGAGAAUUGGUUCGUUACUACAUAUCAUGAUGCUUGGAUUAAAGACCAGACAGCAGGUGGUUGCGGCAAUUCUGGUUAUGAAGAUCAGUAUUGGAAAAAUCCUCAAAUUUUGGCAGUUUUGUCCCAGAAAGAUAAAGACAGUGAUAAAUGCACAAUGAUAGUAUCUUUGAUGGAAGAAGAAAAACAUGGCAAAGGAAAUAAAAUUGCUAUCAAUUUUGAUGUGUAUAAGCUGCAUUAUCCAGUCAAUGCAAAACUUACUCGGUACAAUGUUCGCAAACAAGCCACAAAGCAGCAGAGGUCAGAGGAUGUAUACAGAUUUGACAGAGAAGUAACCUAUCAUUACCAGCUCCCUAUUGGUUACUAUGUUAUCAUUCCAAGUACAUAUAACCCAGGUGAAGAGGCCAAAUUCUUGCUCAGAAUCUUUACCAAACAGAAGAUCAGCAGCAGCACAGACAUGAUAAAUGAGGGUACUGUUGAAGAGCCAGAGUUUGAAGCUAUCUACAAUGCCCAUGCUAAUAGUGAGAAUAUAAUGGCUGCCAGAGAAAUUAAACAAUUCCUCACACAUAUUUUCUUCAGGGAAUACAAGCAGAGAAUAUCCUUUAAUUUGGAAACCUCUCGAAAUCUGUUAAUGCUGUUUGAUAAAACUAAAAGUGGUCAUGUGACAAUGCCACAGAUGAAAGAAGGUUGGGAAAAGGUGAAAGAAUAUGCUAAAGUUUUCAUGGAAACAGAUACUGAUAAUUCCGGAUUUUUAGAAAUUGAUGAGCUGAGUCAGUUGCUUAAAAAACUGGGUUAUGAAGAUGCGGAAAGUCUGUUGAAGAUCCUCAAAUUAAAAUUUGGUGGUCUACAAAAUGUAUUCACCUUCAUAGAUUUCAUUCAAAUAAUUUGCAAACUGACCUUAAUUUUGGAAACCUUUAAGGAACAUAAAGCCUCAUCAUUUGGUACGAAGGAAGUUGCAGAGUUUAGUCUGGAGGAACUCAUUGAGUCUUGCUUGAUUUACUGAAGAAUCAUCUCUACUGGGAUAUUGUGAAUGAGAAAAAAAUGACAAAAAUAAAAAUAAACCCUAAAAAUGUUUUGCAUGGAUCAUAGCAUCAAGUCCAGCUAUUAAUCAAUAAGAGUGAAAUUUUUGCUAUAGUUAUUUUUUUUAAUGCAUAUUAACAUACAUAUACAAAUAAAAUUACAGAUAGCCAGGAGGCCAAUUGAACAAAAGACAUGGUUUAGAAAAUAUGUAACAGUCUUUACCUUGCAUACAAAUAAAAAGUUAACAAACUCUACACACUUCUAAAUAUGUGUGUAUUGAGAACGUUUUUCUUACCAUAUUUCUGUUAAACUACACUACAUGCAUUCCAAUUAAUUUUGAAAAUAAUGAAGGGCUUAGUAAAAUAAUAUUGUUAUAUUUGGAAAAAUAAAUUAACAUGCAAUCUCAAUGAAAGGUUUUAAUUUAGAUCGAAUUAAAACGAAAAGUUCAUAUCAAAGAAUAAGGGGUAAUCUGAGGCAAAUUGGUAUCAUAAUAAAUAUAUAUAUAUAUUAUAUAUAUAUAUAUAUAUUGUGAAGUAUGUGUCUGUAUGUUGCAGAAUGAGUAUUUCUAAAGUACUGGAAAUUUGAUACACAUUAUUUUGGAUACAGCUACAAAAAAAUAAAUAAAUUAAAGAAAAAAGUGUGUACCUACUGUGUCAAAUAAAAAAAAAAUUAAGCUGAUUACAUUAGGUAAAAAAGAUAAC